UUGGAAAAGGCGCUUUGGAGAUGGGCGGGCGAGGCAUUCUGCAGAUAAGGCAAGUCCUGCUUCUCUUUGUCUUUCUAGCAAUGUCUCGGGCAGGCUCCGAUUUAGGGCGUUUUUCUGUGGCAGAGGAAAUGCAGAGCGGAAGCUUUGUGGGCAAUUUGGCCAAGGACUUGGGACUGGAGGUGGGGGAGCUAUCCUCCCGGGAGGCCCAGGUGGUCUCCAAGGGUAACAAACAACAUCAUUUGCAGCUAGACUUAAACUCGGGAGAUUUGCUCUUAAGUGAAACGCUGGACCGGGAAGCUCUCUGUGGCUCCACCCAACCAUGUGUACUGCAUUUCCAGGUGUUAAUGAAAAACCCCUUGCAGUUUAUUCGAAUUGAGCUCCAAGUCAAGGACAUAAAUGACCACUCUCCCGUUUUCCUGGAAAAAGAAAUGCUUCUCGAAAUCCCAGAGAAUAGUCCUGUUGGCUCUGUGUUCUUACUAGAAAGUGCAAAGGAUUUAGACGUGGGGGUCAACACUCUAAAAAACUACACCAUCAGCCCCAACUCUCAUUUCCACGUUAAAAUUAGAGUCAACCCGGACGAUAGGAAAUACCCUGAGUUGGUUCUGGAAAAGGCGCUGGACUUUGAAGCGCAGCCUGAGCUCAGUUUCGUCCUCACUGCUCUGGAUGGGGGCUCUCCACCCAGAUCUGGGACUGCUUUGGUACGGAUAGUUGUUGUGGACAUUAAUGACAACUCCCCUGAAUUUGAACAGACCUUUUACGAGGUGAAGAUUCCAGAGAAUAGCGUCUUAGGCUCACCGGUUGUGACCCUCUCGGCUUUGGAUUUAGAUUCAGGAACCAAUGGGGAGAUAGCAUACACCUUUUCCCAUGCUUCAGAAGAUAUUUGCAAGACAUUUAAAAUCAAUCCAAAGUCAGGGGAAGUUCGUCUAACAGCACUGCUGGACUUUGAAACAAUUGAAUCAUACUCAAUAAUCGUUCAAGCCACAGAUGGAGGUGGACUUUUUGGAAAAUCAACACUGAGAAUUCAGGUCCUGGAUGUGAAUGACAAUGCUCCCGAAGUCACUGUGUCAUCAAUUACCAGUCCAAUUCCUGAAAAUUCACCCGAGAGUGUGGUUAUGGUUUUCAGUAUCCUAGACCGAGAUUCCGGAGACAAUGGGAGAGUGAUUUGUUCUAUCCCGGAAGAACUCCCCUUCGUGCUCAAACCGUCGCUUGAGAAUUACUACUCUUUGGAAACUGAGAGACCACUGGACAGAGAGGCCAGAGCCGAGUACAACGUCACCAUCACCGUCACUGACUUGGGGUCCCCCAGGCUCAAAACCGAGCACACCAUUAGGGUGCUGGUCUCUGACGUCAAUGACAACGCGCCCACCUUCACCCAAACCUCCUACAUGCUGUUGGGCGCCCGCGACCAGGCGCAGGCCGACGGGCUCACGGUCUACCUGGUCAUUGCGUUGGCCUCGGUGUCUUCGCUCUUCCUCUGCUCCGUGCUCCUGUUUGUGGCCCUGAGACUGUGCAGGAGGAGGAGGGCCGCCUGGGAGGGUCGCUGUUCGGUGCCUGAGGGACACGUCCCAGGACACUUCGUUGGCGUGAGUGGCACGGGCACCCUGUCCCAGAGCUACCAGUAUGAGGUGUGUCUGACGGGAGGCUCAGAGGCCAGCGAGUUCAAGUUCCUGAAUCCGAUUGUGCCCAAUAUUCAGGCACCACCCGAGAGGAAUGGUGAAGAAAGCGCCAACUUGAGAAAUAGCUUUGGAUUUAAUAUUCAGUAAAAAUAUAUAUACGUACUUGGUGGACUUCAGUGGUACUGGGACUCUGUCCCGGAGUUAUCAGUGCAAGAUGUGGCUGAGAGGAGGUUCUGGGACCUUGGUAAAGAAAUAGGGAAAACCCUUCCUUCAACCCUUCCUAUGCGUUUUAUAUGCAGCGACUUAAUUGACUUUCUUGGUCCAUCUGUAUUUUGCUUUAUGGCACUUCUAAACCGAUGUUUACUUUCCCCAGUUUGUGUGCAUUUUCCAUUGUACUGAAUACUUUCUCAUAUUCUCCCCACUUUUGCUUUUAAAUGAAAAUAUAUGUGGUUGGAAUGAAAUUUUAAUUUACUCACUAACCCAUGGGCUCUAAACUGAUAAUAAAUCUAACUCCAAAAUAA